UAGACGCAAGUGGUAUUAAAAUACUCUUAUGUCUUCUCAACCACAACAAAAGAUUUAAGAUUUAAAUGUUUUUGAUUUUAUUAUCCCACUGCAGUAAAUAACAGUAGACUUUUGGAGCAGUUGGAGUUGGAUUGAAUCGGAUGGAUACAUUGUCUCUCUUAAUCAUUGACGUAUGUAUUAGAGUCCGUACAAACCUUGAUUAAUGCAAAAGUCGCCUUGUGGAAAUCGCCAAAUGAUUAUUCAAAUCGUAUAACACGUUUUCCAACUCCACUAUAGAGUUAAAACACACAAAUAAUUGUCUAUAUAUUUUAGCUUUCAUCUAAGCUCAGCUCUUCAUCCGAAACACAUCAGAAAGAAAAAAACAAAAACAAUGUCAACUUUCCUCUACUUUCUCUAUCUUUUGCCUAUCUUCUCAGUUUCCUUUUUCAUCAUAUCAAAAAAGCUCAAACCCUCGAAAUGGAAACUUCCUCCAGGCCCCAAGACGCUUCCCAUCAUCGGAAACUUGCACAACCUCAAUGGCCUGCCUCACGCGUGUUUUCGAAACCUCUCCCAAACGUACGGUCAGGUGAUGCUUCUCCGUUUCGGAUUCGUCCCCGUGGUCGUGAUCUCAUCGAGAGAAGGAGCAGAGGAAGCUCUCAAGACCCAAGAUCUCGAGUGUUGCAGCCGACCAGAGACGGUCGCGACAAGAAUGAUCUCUUACAACUUCAAAGACAUAGGGUUCGCUCCUUACGGCGAGGAAUGGAAAGCGUUGAGGAAGCUCGUGGUUGUGGAGCUUUUGAACAUGAAGAAGUUUCAGUCGUUUAGUUACAUCAGAGAGGAAGAGAAUAACUUGCUGGUCAAGAAACUUAUGGAAUCUGCUCUGACGCACUCCCCUGUAAAUUUGAAGAAGACCCUUUUCACGCUUGUUGCUAGUAUCGUGUGUAGGCUCGCGUUUGGGAUAGAUAUCCACAAGUGCGAGUUCGUGGACGAGGACAACGUUGCGGAUCUUGUUCAUAAGUUUGAGUUGGUUGUGGAUGGUAUUGCUUUCUCAGACUUUUUCCCUGGAGUUGGUUGGCUUAUCGACAGAGUUUCAGGACAGAACAAGACACUGAACAAUGUUUUCUCGGAGCUAGACACUUUCUUCCAGAACAUUCUUGAUGAUCAUCUUAAGCCUGGAAGAACCGUGUCAGGGAACCCUGAUGUUGUUGAUGUGAUGGUUGAUCUGAUGAAGAAGCAAGAGAAAGAUGGUGACUCUUUCAAGCUCACCACAGAUCAUUUCAAAGGAAUUAUCUCGGACAUAUUUCUUGCUGGAGUAAACACUAGCGUCAUCACACUGAUCUGGGCCAUGACAGAGCUGAUCAGAAACCCCAGAGUGAUGGAGAAAGUGCAACGCGAGAUUAGGACAACACUUGGGGACAAGAAGAAGAGUCUAACAGCAGAUGAUCUAAACCACCUUCACUACUUCAAACUCGUGGUCAAGGAGACAUUCAGGUUACACCCAGCAGCUCCACUCUUACUCCCAAGAGAAACAAUGUCUCAAGUCAAGAUCCAAGGCUACGACAUCCCCGAGAAAUCCCAGAUGAUGAUCAACAUUUACUCGAUAGCACGCGAUCCAAAACUCUGGACAAACCCUGAUGAGUUUAACCCUGACAGGUUUCUCGACAGUUCUGUAGAUUACAGGGGACUAAACUUUGAGCUUUUACCGUUUGGUUCUGGUCGGAGAAUCUGUCCAGGGAUGAAUAUGGGAAUCGCCACGGUGGAGUUGGGACUGUUGAAUUUGCUUUACUUCUUUAACUGGGGGUUGCCUGAAGGGAAGACUGUGAAAGACAUCGACUUGGAAGAAACUGGUUCGAUCAUUAUCAGCAAGAAAACAACUCUUGAGCUUGUUCCACUUCUUCAUAACUUCAACAAAUAGUGAUUGCGUUAUGUGUUUGCCCAAAAAAAAAAGUCAAUGAGUUAUGUGUAUAUGUUCUCAUCUUCUUUUCUUUUUUUUACUGGUUGUGUUGUUUGGAUUUUUGUUCACUUUGUAUAAUAGGUUAAGCAAAUUAAAUAGAACUAAAUCUUGUAUGUAUGGAAUUAGAUAUGUCAACUAACACCGUUUUGUAGCUUGAAUCCACUCGGCUCUAUAAAUUAUUUAAUUUAUGUUUGGUUAUAUAAAUCCAAAAAAUUGAAAAUUUUCGAAGUAAAAAUCUGAUAUUUUAGAAUUAAGCUUGUCUAGGUUAAAACCAGCUCGAAAAAUCCAAAAGUUAGCCAUUGGAACAAAUUUUAAACAUUCAAUUUUAUUACGGUUGGUUUAAACCCAUUAUAUCAUAGAAAACAAAAUGAAAGAUGAAUUAAAUAAAAAAACUAAUGACUUUUUCCAUAUUAACUAACAUACCAUGUCAAUUUUAUAUGAGUCUUGAUAACUGCAUAGCCUUGAAUCAACUAGUGUGAUUGGAAAAUAUAAGAUAAA